ACUUUCAUUUCACGUGGAGAAGUACAGUUUCAUUUUGACUGAUGGACCCUCCCAUCAAUGCAGAGACCAAUAUAAAGGCAGAGACAUCUACGUUGAACAAUAUACCGUCAAGAUGGUGAUUGAAGUCAUUUUUGUUGCGAUGUGCCUGCUUGUGUCUCAAGCAAAAGGACUGCAGUGCAUUACAUGCACUAAUGUGGGUGGAUCUUGCAGUGGAGACUCACAGCAGUGUCCCGCAGGUGCUGACUCGUGUGCCAGCGUCACCGCUGCAACUGUAGCAGGGGGUUCAACUGCUGAAGUAAAUGUCAAAAGCUGCGCCCCAUCUGCACAAUGUAUCAAUGGUUCCCUGAACUUAGGAAGUGUAAGGAUCAUACAGAGCACCUUGUGCUGUAACACAAACAACUGCAACACCGGAAGGCCUCCAGCUCCAGUAGUUGGCACGGCCAAUGGGAGGCAGUGUUUCACCUGUGAGUCGGCGGACUGCUCAUCAAGGAAUCAAUGUGCCGGUGAUGAGGAUCGCUGUCUCUCUGCAACAGUUAGUGUAGCUGGACAGAGCUCUACCGUAAAGGGCUGUGCUACCCAAAGUAUGUGCUCUGGAGGGGCUUCACAGUCGCUGGGCUCGGUGUCUGCGGAAGUGACCUGCUGUGAGGGGAAUCUGUGCAACAGUGCCUGGAGUGCUACACACAGUGUCCUGUUCCUGCUGUGGCCCCUGGGCUCUGUUCUGCUCUUCCACUGAGCUGGCUUCAUCUCAGGGUGACUCCUCUGCUUGGGGAUGGGCUGCUAUUUUCAACACAAACUUGUUAAUGGCUGUUAAAGCAAAUAAACAAAGAUUUGUUUUCA